GAAUUAUUGUAGUUGUUCACUAUUAUUGAACUUAAGCCCUGUAAAUUUCGCGUACGAAGAUUUAUACGUCUUCAAAUUUCGGUUUCCUACUUGUCCUAUGGGAUUGAUAGAAGAUGAACUCGCCGAAGUCAGGAAAUUAUGUGAACAUGUUGUGCCAGGUACUAGACUUGUCUCCUGUGUCAAGACAAUGGUCAGAGUGGAAAUAAAAAAGACAGAGUUCAAAAAAAUCGUAUUGUGUUCGCAGUUUUCUAAGGACUACCCAAAAACGCCCCUACUUAUUGAGCUAAAGAGCAAAACAUUGUCUGAAAAGUUACUGCAAGGUUUGACCAAUGUCUGUGAGCAAGAAAUAAAGAAAUAUUUGGGUAAACCUCAGGUACUCAACACUAUAAAGUUUCUGCGGUACUUUCUUGAUGAAAAUCCAUUGUCUUGUUGUUAUGAUGAAAUAAACUGCUUGAAAAAGUCUCUAAGUGGUGAUGAUGAAUUGAAGUUGAAGCAAAAAACAUCCAGUAUAGUUCUUAGGGUAUAUAAUUUGAAAUAUUAUUUAAAUUGUAGGGUUGUUGUACCUGAACAGUACCCUACUAAUGCCAUUGAUAUUCAAGAUAUAGACACAAAUUUUUCCCCAGCUUUACACCGUCACAUGGUAUCUCAAGCUAAAGAAAUAGCACGGCAAUGUGUGGAACCACCUCUGAGAAAAAAAUUGAAUCAGUCUAAGUUUGAGCCCAGCCCCUCCCUGAAAAGAUCUGUCGAAUUCUUGAUAGAUUGUGUCAAGAGGUUGCCUACUGAAAAGUGUCAGUUUUGCAAGAAAAUAUGUUUCCCUACUGAUCCAGAGCUUCUAGAAAAAGACGAAACCUCGCCAAAACACAUAGAACGAGUCUACUGCGGCCAUCUGUUCCACCAAGACUGCUUUUUCAGCUACAUGAAACUGCCUCCGUUCGGCAACAAGACCUGCUCUGUUUGCGGGAAGAAGAUCCACCAUUUCAAGUGGUCGCUGAGUGAUAAGUUGGCCGAAGACAGAUGGGCUCAUGAGCAAGCCCGAGAGAGGGAGUUGCAAGAGGUGGCCGAGUUCUUCGAGUAGGGACAGUAGGGUUAGGGCUAAAUGUCAUGUCAUGACGAGUUGUUAGGGUUGUAAUUUUUUUGUGUGUGGAUAUACAAUAUUAUGAUAGAAGUUA